AUGAUUGCGAAUGAGUUCAAAAGAAACGUUGUGCUCGAUGGACUGAUUUCUACGGCGACAAUGGCAGAGAUCCCCACUUAUGGUGCAUGCGGGAGUCGGGGCGAUGGUGCUAGGAUGGGUUUCCAUAGCACUGAUUGCCUUCAUUGGUAUCAGUAUCCUCGUGAUGGAACAGAGUAUUAA